CAGGAAUUAUCGCUGCUGUUUUUGGCGGUAAUUGCGAUUUCUGGGACUAGCGCUUUAUCAAAUGCUGAACAAUAUUGUAAGUAUUUGGAUAAGUUACCAUCAGAAGACAAAGUGGAUGGAGAAUUUGUCUUAGUACAACACUGGCUGCAGCGUGAAUGUAAAGAAGCUGUAUUGGGCGACAUUGUGAAAACUUUGGCCACCAUAGUGGAUACAACCUUACAAGAUGGUACAGAGAAAUCUGAGGGGCGACCACAUCAAAUUAUGAGGCGCCAGGCUGAGGUGGAAAGCAAUGAGGUCGAUGAUGAAGAUGAAAAAGAGGAGUCUGAGGAGCAAGAAAACAUCACUUCAGAUGAAGUCAGCCAAACAGAGCAACUGAAGCAACUAAGAGAUUCUUUAAAACGACUUCAAGUAUUACAGGAUACUAUCGAUCGACGACAAGGUUACCAAAUAAGGACAUUGGAAAAUUUGAUGGAGGAUUUCUUGAAACAGGGAAACGAUGAAUGGAAAAGGCAAAUGGAAGAGUUUGAAAGGAGAGUUGAAAUCUGGGAAGCGAGAAAUACGUUGUACGGCAGGUACAAGAACUGGAAAGUGAGAACGCUGACGUAAAGAACCGAUUGAGAGAUCUACUGCACACAAUUAUGCGAUUGCAGAGUUUAGUGCUUGGGAUGGAUACUCGUAAAGAAGCGUUGGAAGGCCAAGUCGCAGAGCUUGUAUCAAAAAAUAACCGACUUGAGAGUGAGAUCAAUGCUACAAAAGCAACAAUGCAACAAGCGUCGCAAGAAACACUCCAGCCAUUGCAGUCCCGACUAGAUCAACUAUUUGGCUACAUCAGGGCACAGCAAAACGUAACGGCCACAAUCCAGAGAAACUGGCAAGGCAUCACUGAGGCCAUGCAGCGUUUACAAGAUUUGAGUAGAGAUCUGGAUGUGUCGACAGCUUUGAUGAAAGACGAAACUUUUAAUCGUUUUAGCAGUCUCUCUACACAAUUAGAAGAAUUGAAAACCGGAUACAAUAAUUUGAACAAUUUCACCAACAGUCUGAGGUCACAGUUCCAAAACCUUGCCGCCGAUAAUGACAAAAUACAAGUCGAGUUUGACAUCAGUCAUGAACGUUACAAUGAUCUUGAGCAAUCAGUCACCCAAGAAAUUGAACAAAAAAACGAACUCACCAGCGGAAUUCAAGAGAUGUUCACAAAAAUAAACAAUACGCUGAAGGGAAUGGGAACUACGGACAAAAGUAAAUACACAGAGCUGGAGACAAGGAUGAAAUAUGUUGAAAAUGCUACAUCAUAUAUGGAAAACAAACUCGGAAUUAUCGAAAGAAAGACGGAGGAUUACAAAAGACGGCCUCAUUACUGGGAAGUUCUUACACCUGUUUAAGUCAGCAAGUUCAAGGACACAAUUGCUACUUUACUGACUGCAGUGAACUAUAUCGAUUUGGUGCUGUUAGAACAUCUGGAGUGUACACAAUUAAACAAGAAGACAGUACAUCGCCAAUGAGUGUGUGGUGCGACAUGGAAACAGACGGCGGUGGAUGGACAGUGUUUCAGCGCCGAUUUGAUGGGUCGGAGGACUUCUAUCGCAACUGGACCGAAUAUAAAAAUGGUUUUGGUGAUGUUGACAAAGAACAUUGGCUUGGCAACGAUAACAUCAAUCGCUUCACGAAAAGCGGCAAGUUCAAGCUACGUAUAGACCUUGACGAUUGGCGUGGGGAAACAAGGUAUGCGACUUACGAUGUUUUUCGCGUUGACGACGAAGCUGAUAAAUACUAUUUACGAGUUGGUGGCUACAGUGGCAAUGCUGGCGAUUCGAUGGUUUAUCACCAUGGUGCCGAAUUUAGUACGUAUGACGUGGAUAAUGAUGGGAGUGCCGCUGAAAACGCAGCUCAGAGGUGGAAAGGAGGUUGGUGGUAUCGACGUGGGUGGAAUGCUAACCCAAACGGACUAUAUUACCAGAACGGGGUUUACUCCAGCAAAGACGAAUGGACUGAUGGUGUUGUGUGGGAUAAAUGGCAAAGCUGGUGGUAUUCUCUUAAAGCAACCAAAUUAAUGAUCAAGCGACAGGACUAGAAUACUUAAACAGUAUUAAAUGAUUAAAAUAAUCAUUUUUGGGGCGAAAAUGGCAAUAACAGGCCCAGCUUGGCAUAGGGUACUCCCCUCCCAUAAAAAACACAUGUGCAUGCAAAUUUCUAUACAAAAGUGGAUUCAUGAAAAUUAAGAUAAGAAGUGAUUCUAACACAUUGCCUGCUGAAAAUGAAUGGGGGGGGGGGGCGUCAGCAGGAAAUGUAUU